GUGCGCUUCCAGGGAGUGAUCAAGGAGAAGCGAGCAUGGGCACUUUGGCUGGGGCUGCAGGAGCCAGAUCUCUCCUGCUGAUGCAGCGAGGUGCAGCCUCUGUUAUUUACCAGCGUGGAAUCUGUUCUGUUUUCUCCGCGCCGUGGAGACCGUCUCUCAACCCCUGCCUGUCGCUGGAGCCGGCGAGAGUCUCCCCGGGUCUCCCUGGGCUAGCAACGCCAUGGAUUCACCAACAGGUUCGCACCAAAGCCCGUGGCAACGAGUACCAGCCGUCAAAUCUCAAACGCAAGCACAAACACGGCUGGAUCAAACGCAUCCGCGAAGCCAGUGGGAUUCGAGUCAUUCUCCGAAGGAUGCUGAAAGGGAGGAAGUCUCUGAGCCAUUGACCCAUCGGAAGGGAAGCUGAAGUGAGAAAAGCGCAAGCUCUGACUGUCAGCCACUUUUCUUUCUAUUUAGGGGAUGACGAACUUUACAACAGAUCUUCCAUUCCAAACAAUAUGGGUUUUGCUUUCCUGUCUUGCAUUGUGGAUCUAGGAUUCUUUCUUCUAGGAUAAUUCAGCGGCUGAACUCUCUUCUAGUGUCAAAAUGAACCAUUAGCAAUGUGUGUAUUAAAACAACAGCCGUGAAUGCCUGAGAUGUCAAUAUUAAAAGCUGCCCUAUAUAAU